CAACUUGCAAUCGAAAGGCAGGGUUGGAAAGUGGUAUUGGAGUUAAGAAAAAGCGUCACAAUCUGAAUCUCAUUCCACCCACAGACUCUGAGUCACCAAUCUUAGCAAAACGAAGCAAUUUGGAAUCAAAAGGAACGAUGUUUUGUAAUUGUAAUGCAUAUAUUCUCUUAGCUGGCGCCACCAAUCUCUCUAUACGCUAAUACUUUAAUUACAUUCCCAAAACCCACCCAAAAAUCUCACCUUUUUGCUUCUAUGGAAGCACUUUCGAUCAUCCCCGACUCUUGUUCGCUUCUUCGCAACCCUUCUUCUUUCUCUGUCAGAGCACCCACACUUCGUUUCCUCAAAUUUACCCAACACUCUCACUCACACUUUCCUCCCCUUCGUCUUUCUGCUCUCCCUAACGCCGAGGGUGAUGAAGGCACCAAUGACUUCGUUUUAGCUUCUCAACCUCAGGAAAAUUUAAGCCAUUCUGAGGGUUCCGAAGAAGAUCAAAAUGAGCCGUCACAAGGGGACAUGUUAUGGUCAACUAUCACAACCCCAGGUGGAAGUGGAUCCGGUGGUGGCACCAGGGCUGGGCUUUUCAGAACACCAAUUUCGGGUGGUGUGCAGAGUGCGACCUCGGCUCAUGGUUUACCUAGGCCCGCUUUAGCAGUUCGGAAUUUGAUGGAGCAGGCGAGAUUUGCUCAUUUGUGCACUGUAAUGUCCCGAAUGCAUCACCGGCGAGAAGGAUAUCCAUUUGGUUCUCUUGUUGAUUUUGCACCAGACUCAAUGGGUCAUCCAAUAUUUUCAUUUUCUCCUCUCGCAAUUCACACAAGGAAUUUGUUGGCUGACCCAAGAUGCACAGUGGUUGUUCAGAUUCCUGGAUGGAGUGGCUUGUCCAAUGCAAGGGUAACUAUUUUUGGGGAUGUCUAUCCACUUCCAGAAGAUCAACAGGAAUGGGCUCAUAAGCAGUAUAUUGCGAAACAUCAACAGGGUCCUUCUCAACAGUGGGGCAACUUCUACUAUUUUAGGAUGCAGAAUAUAAGUGACAUAUAUUUCAUUGGAGGCUUUGGUACUGUUGCUUGGCUGGAUGUAAAGGAAUAUGAAACCCUUCAACCUGAUAAGAUUGCAGCUGAUGGUGGUGAGCAGUAUUUAAAGGAACUGAAUGCUAUCUUCUCAAAGCCCCUAAAGAAACUUCUAUCUAAUGAGACUGAGGUAGAUGACGCUGCACUCAUAUCUAUAGAUAGCAAAGGGACUGAUAUUAGGGUCCGUCAAGGUGCCCAGUUCAACAUUCAGAGGAUAUCAUUUGAUGAAGGACAGAGUGUAGAAACAUUGGAAGAAGCUAAAGCUGCUCUUCGGAAAUUAAUUCACAAAGGAAAAGUGUACAAUUUGCAGAAAUAAGAUGUUGGAUGUCCUCUUCCCCUUUGACUAGAGAUAUUUUUGUAAUGCUUAAUUCUAUGCUUUUGACAUUCCGGAAAGUGUAUUAUUAUAUCCAUGCAUGCAUCUGCAAGUCUGAUCGUGAGUGGGCUAUAGUCAUAGUCAAACUAUAAAUAAUAUCAUCAGAACUCCGAAGAAAUAAAAGUAUGCUAUGUUUUUUCCCCCCUCCAAA